UGUCUCUUGAAAGAUGCUUCCACACCCACCCACCCACCCCGGUCUUCCUCGUGGUCUCCCAUCCGAACACCAAACAGAUCCGUCCAGGAAGAAAUUCAAUCAGACGACUCUCCGUUUAGAGGGCGAGGACGGGCUUUGCCUUUAAAUCCUCCCCUCCCGCGGAACCCACGAGAGAGGGCGCUCGUUCUGCCUGGCUUCGCUCGGCUUGGCCGGGGCCUCUGGCUUCAACCGCUGAUGAUCAUUGGUCCCGGCUGGGGGCUACGGGGCUGUUCUCCGUCCGGCUGGUCGGGAGAGCUUUUCCCUCCCCCCACCCUGGGUGGAUUUAAAAACGGAGGCCCAGCUGCUCCCGUCCUUCUCCAUGGCCGGGGGAGGUUCGCCGGUGCGCUACGCUCCAGCAGCCGCCCAGGACACAAGGCAACCCUGCUGUGCCUUUGCGAUUUGGCAGAUUGCAAAUUGAUGACAUUCCCCAUCGCUCUUUAUAAAGUCAUGAGGCAUGUGGCUGAAGGCAUACAUCUCAUCACACUGGCCAAUAAUGAGCUGAAGUCUGUAACCAGCAAAUUCAUUAUCACUUUUAGCCAGCUGAGAGAACUUAAUCUGGAAGGGAAUUAUAUUCAUCACCUGCCAGAAGAGGUCCGAACCCUGUUACAUCUGAAAAUUAUCAACCUAUCCAGGAACAAAUUUCAUACUUUUCCUGACCAGCUGACUUCUUUGCAAGCUCUUGAGAUGAUCAACCUUGAAGAGAAUGAGAUUACAGAUGUUCCUGUUGAGAAACUUGCUUCCAUGGGGUCUCUGCAGUGUGUGAACUUAAAAUCCAACCCAUUAAAUGAGGAGGUUCGGGUGAUUGCCAAGCCACUGAUCAAGUUUGACCUUCUGACAUCUCCACCUGUUUCCCAAGUUGGAAGCCAUGUCUGACCUGGAUUUGCGGCCGUAGGAGGUUGCAGUGAAAGAGGGAAAAGAUAUGCCAUGUUGGCUGAGCUAAGCCACUCCUAAGCUGCAUCGCUCUGCAUGUGUUAGGUUUAUGCAAAAAGUGUGAGUUUUUUUUUUUCUUUUGCAAAGUGAUGGAGGUUGCAGCCAGAACUAUUAUCUGCUAAACCGCGGAUCCAUAGAAAAUAUGUGACUAGAGAGGGCGCUUUUCAUUGAAUGAUGAAAAGGAGAGAAGGGAGGACACUGCCUUUCUAGGCUGUAACCACAGAGAAAAAAGGAAGGGCAAAAGUGACCAACGGUAUGCCAAGGAGAUGAUUAGAUGGUGUGAAUGGGCACCUUGUAUGGCUGAGAAAAGAGGAAACCAAUCUGUGGUUGGAAAAUUGCUUGCAAGUUCAUGAAAAAAGAACAGUUUUUAACUUGGCUGAAUUUAGAUUCAAUUCUUUGGUGUUUUAUCUUCUCCACUUGUAUGCAAGGAAAACGAGCACUUGUUUCUUUACUUACAGUGCUCGCAAAGAACAAAUAUAUCGAGGAUAACUAUACAUCUAGAUUCAGAGACACUCUAAAAGAUUAAUGUGGUCCCAGGAGUAUAAAAUAUAACCCAUUAGCUGUCAGGUACAAAAGAUCAGGACCAUAAGUUAAGUUGCAACACAGAAAAUUUAUUCAAGCCUACACAGAAGAACAUAGUCAACUAAAAUUCAGUACUUAAUUGGCGAGAAGUGUCAACAGAAUUUAGACUUGGACCGCUUCUGGGAACAUAACAACUCUAAGCUGAUGACACAUUUAACUCCACUCACCAGUUCCGCCUGCUCUUCGCCUACAUAAACUAAGAGAUUCUGUAAAGAUGUGGAUGUAAAUCUAAUCCUAGUACAAAACUAUUAUCAUCUGCCUGGAAGUAAAUUCUUCUGAUAAUUUUUGUGCUGUAUGAACCAAUAUUUAAAUCUGGGGCAGUGAUUUGAUUUACAGUGGUUUGUGCUUCCAGUAGCCUGUGACAUCAAACAGGUGCAUUUAUGGAUUCUGUCCCCUUUAUUUAUAAAGCAUCUUUCACUGUAUCUUUCUUGAAAUGAAAUGCUCUGUUGUUUCUUAAUCUCACCCUGAAGGAAGAAGCUUCAGCCGGGAUUACUUUUGUUGUCCUCAAUUACUGAGUUUUCUAUUUCAUUCCUUGUUACAGUACAACUUGAAAUUGACAGCUGCAUGUAGUGCCAUUUUUGCAGGAACAUCUUUAGAAACACAGUCCCGGAGGACACACUCACCAAUCAAAAUAAUACUAGUGGAAAUUUCUAAACAAUAAAGAUUCUUGGGAAUUGCCGGGUAUUUCUGUACACAGAUACAUAGGUAGAGUGCCAGGAUCAGAUCAUGCACAUUCUGCCUUUAGCUGAGGACUGUAUGAAAUAUAUUUUUCUCACCCAAAGAAUGGUUGCUGGAUAUUCCUGUGAAGAAAACUAAAGGAGAUACAUCCAGAGUUUGGACUAGUUAAUCCCAGUCUUCAAAAACCAAGCAAGCCUACAAAGGAGAGUAUUUGUAGCUCAGGGUUGAAAUGAGGAGUCCUUGGUGCUCUCUGAGCCUGGUUGUUUUCUUGCAAGAGGUUUCAUUACCCAAAUUACAUGACAUCAUCAAUGCUAGUCACUAGCACUGAUGAUGUUACCCAGUUAGGGUAAUGAGACAUCUGCAAGAAAACAACCAGGCUCAGAACUGAAGAAGCUUCUUGGGUGAGAAGCGAAAUGUCUUCAAGCAAAAACAAAGGAAGUCCAGUUGCCUGUUGAAAAGUCAAUUGGUCUGGAUGAUUGAAAAUCUCCAUAGACAACUAGGUUCAGAGAGCACCAAGGACUCCUCACCCCUUUAUCUACAUAGCUGCAACUGGGCUGCUUAAUUACUCUAAGUCGGGAAGGGAUUUUGAUCCAACUUCUAUGCUGUUAGGUGACAUUUAUUCUCUGUCUCCCACAUAAACACAUUUGCCUUGAGAUAGAAAGCUGAUGUUUCACUGGUCAGUUAUCUUCUGUGCUGUCCUGUUCAGCCCUUAGCUUGAACGUAUGAGUAUGUGACUUGGGAACAAGCCGACUAUCCACACUUCCAAACCAGAAGACAUUUAAGCAAAUGUGACAGAGCAACUGGCAUAGAAAAAGAAGUGAGGCUUCCUUUGAUAAAGUUCUACGUCUCCAUGGCUCCUUCCUUACCUACAUUUUAAUCAGUUGAGCCUUUUGAAAGACUCCUUGUGCUUUGAGAUAGUGGCUACUAAUGGAGUCUUCUUUCCCAGCGGGUUAAAGAUUUGCACCCUGAAUGGAAUCUUGCUAAAUUUAGCAGGGAGAUUUAAAAAGACACAAAAUGACUGGUGGAAUAUAAUUUCAACUUUUGAAUUUAACAAAAUUCAGAAGAUUAUACGGUAGAUCCAAACAGUAAUGUCAAAUCGCCAUUAUAUAUUCUUCACCAGAAAUGAGUUUAUUCCCAUUUGAGAAAAUAAAAGGACCGGAACUUUGCAGGUGAUACAAUCAUUUUUAUAAUUUACUCAUCCCUUCUAGAUCUGUGAACGAAGUGUAACUGUGUUGUGUAUUUAAAUGGAAACCUAUAUUUAAUCUUUGCCCAUGGAACCAACCUGGCGCCCUUAGGAGUACUUAGUAAAAGUAAAACGUGGGUUUAUUUGCUGCCUUAUUUUUUAAAAAUCUAAAAAAAAAAAAAAAACCUGCAUGAAAUUCUUAUUUUGAGUAGCUACAGCAUAGUAAAGCUAGUUGUAGUUUAUUGGGAGGUGGGGAAGAAAUUCUUGAGAAAUGUCCCUUCCCUGCCUGCUUUUCCCAUUUUUGCCCCCUUUCUCAGGGUGUAAUUGACAAGAUUUUGUGUUUUGACAAUAAAGAAACUGAGUUUGUGAAAUCAA